UUUUUCAAAUAAGUAAGGCAAACGUCAGUUGAUCGGCGAAUACGGCGUAAUCCGACAACAGCAAACCCGGACACGGACAGGGAUACGAACAAGGUCAGGACCAGGAUGAUGAAUGGCAAGGCAGGCGGGGUGGUGGUGCUCAACUGCCGGACGUGCACGCGUGCCUGCAAACAGCACAAGCCGCUGCAGGAGGAGAUCGAACUGGGCCCUGAGGGCAGCACCACGCUGGCCAGCAUGCUCCACUACUGCGCCGGGCUCUCCUUCGAGCCGCAGGACGGCGCCGCCAUGCCGCAGCACAUUUGCCUCAACUGCCUGCAGCUGCUGGAGCAGGCGUUCAACUUCAAGCGCAUGGUAAUCGAUUCGGACGAGCUGCUCCGCCUGGGACUGGACGAGGCGCACUGCACCAGCCAACAUCAGCAGCAGCAGCAGCACCACCACCAGAAUCAGCAGCACCAGCACCAACAAGAGCAGUCCGCCGAUCCUAGCGAGGAAUACGUCAUGAUCGAGAUGCUCAACGAGGAGCAGGAGCCAUGCACUGUGGAAGAACAAGAUGCAGAGGCGGAACGUCAUCCGCACUCAAACAACGACGAAGAGGAAGAGUUCGUCAUCGAGGAAGUGACCGAGCAGGAGGAGGAGCUGACGGAGGAGGAGCAGCAGCACGUGCUGGCGGGCAACCAGGAGGAGCACAUCACCAUGGAGAGUGUGCACGAGUUUCAGCCCGCCGAAGUUGAGUACGUGACCAUUAAGGACGAAUUCGAAACGAUCGUCGCCGAGGAAGAUGAGAUCGAGGUCAUGGACGAGUCCGGAGCACAAGACGAGAUAAUUGACGGCCAGAUGAUUGUGAUACCCGCGGAGGGAGCCAUGGACGAGGUGAUCGGCGAGGAGGCCCUGGAAUUGGACGAGGACGAGCGCGAAGAGCAUUUGCUGGCUGAAACAGAGGAUGUCUGCGAAGAGGAGGACUUCCUGGAGGAGUCGCUGGACUCCACGCAACUUACUGCGGGCGAUGCCCUGCCGCAUGUGUGCACCGUAUGCCAGAAGGCGUUUCGCCAGCAGUGUCGCCUCAACCAGCAUAUGCGCUCCCACGUGGACGAGAAGCAUUACGAGUGCGAGGAGUGUGGCAAGCGGCUGAAGCACCUGCGCAACUACAAGGAGCACAUGCUGACCCACACCAAUGUCAAGCCGCACCAGUGCAACAUCUGCGGCCGGUUCUAUCGCACCACCUCGAGUCUGGCGGCGCACAAGCGCACGCACGCAGAGGAGAAGCCCUACAAUUGCGAUCAGUGCGGCAGGGGAUAUGCGGCCUACGAUCACCUGAGACGCCACAAGCUCACCCACACGGGUGAGAGACCCUACGCCUGCGAUCUGUGCGACAAGGCGUACUACGAUUCGUCCUCUCUGCGCCAGCACAAGAUUAGCCAUACCGGCGAGAAGGCCUUCACCUGCGAGAUCUGCGGCGUGGGACUGUCCCAGAAAUCGGGCUACAAGAAGCACAUGCUGGUCCACUCCGGCGCCAAGCCGCACAAGUGUCCCAUUUGCGGACGGGCCUUCACCUUCACCAGCAACCUCAAUGCCCACGUCCGUCUGCAUUCCGGCGAAAAGCCGUUUAAGUGCGAAGUCUGCAUGAAGGCCUUUCCCACGAAGAAGCGGCUGAAUAGCCAUUUGCGGGUCCACAACAAGGAGACGCCUGUGUUGGCCACCGCCGGCGGUAUCGAUCAUCGCCGGCGCGCUGUGGCCGGAGGAGCAGGGGGCGGAGCAGCGUCUGGCCUCCACCUGACCGAAGUACCUGAGCAGCCGGUGUCCACCUCCAAAGUGGUGGUAGUGCUCUGAGCGGGCGCCGAGCUGAGGGUCCGGCUGUAGGGUCUAAGACUAGCCUAAGGUUUUUACAUUUACGACUACGCGGAGCUGUUGGGAAUCAGUUUAACACAAUAAACACUAAUGACAUUGUACCAUGUACAUGUAUUUUUUUACCCACAUUAAA